AUGGCGACUCGACCUCCCAUGAUGCCGCCUCCGAACGAGACCGACUCGUUCACCACUCGGAUCACCCGUGAGGGUAAACAAAUCACAUAUAGAUUGACGGUGAUGCAACAGCCUGAACGGGCCAGAGCAUGUGGUGCUGGAGCUAAGUCUUCUGCCGACCGACGUCCUGUUGAUCCGCCACCGGUAGUGGAAUUGCGCAUCUUCGAAUCUGAACCGGGUCUUGACCAACCUCAAACCGAUAUCACCUUCGCCUACAAUGCCAAUUUCUUCCUUUAUGCAACCUUGGACACUGCUCGUCCCAUGGCUCACGGACGUAUGGCUGGUCCUGCCUCGUGUCCUGUAUUGACUGGUGUGCCAGUCGCCGGUGUGGCCUAUCUCGAUCGCCCCUCCCAAGCUGGUUAUUUUAUCUUUCCCGACUUAUCAGUUCGUCACGAGGGUCGCUACAGGUUAAGCUUCCAUCUUUAUGAGGAAAUUAAGGAGGCCAAGGAUGCGGACAAGGAUUCGAACAUGCCCCUUCCUAACCAAAUAACCCGCAACAACACAGGAAAGCCAGGAUCGCCUCAAGCAUACCUUCACUUUAGGCUCGAGGUGAAGUCAGUUCCUUUCACUGUCUACAGUGCGAAGAAGUUCCCUCAUCUCGCUACUAGCACCUCGUUGAGUCGUGUUAUUGCGGAGCAAGGAUGUCGUGUUCGCAUUCGUCGCGAUGUUCGCAUGAGACGUCGUGGUGACAAGCGCGAUGAGGAAUAUGAUUACGAUGAGGAGAGGAAUGGGGGUAUCGCUAUGUGGCACAGACAGUGGAACGACCUCGAUCGAAUAGCAACACUAGCAACAUGGAAACACCAUAUGGCUUCGGACCAGAGAUUCAACGGCGACCUUCAGCACCCGAUUAUGGCUUCCAAUGCCCGCCCCCCUUACCAGCGACCCAUGCCACCGGCUCAAAUGGCGCACACCAACACUCCCUCAUACCAGUCACAUCUUUCCUUUGGGUCAACACCAACUCAUUACCCUGCUCCUCAUAUGCCGCCUACUCCUCCUCCCAUUGCAGGUGGUGGAAUGUACUCACCGCAUACUGGAUAUGCUAAUAUUCGACAUCCCUCCGCCAUUUCAGAAUACGAGGCAACACCAUCAGGUUAUCCGAUGGCACCACAAAUGCAGAAUGGUUACCCUAAAAACAACAUGAGCGCAUACCGCGUGGAAGCGCCGAAGCCCACACCAUACAUGAUCCAAGAUCCAACACAAUACCUUCCACCACCACACAUGAUACGCCACGAUCAGACCCCUACCAUGGGCCAUGUUGGAAUUUCGGCAAUGAAGUCCUUGUCCAGCGAAUAUGCCAAUAUACAACCCUCAAUUGAAAGUAUACCACCCAGUCCCGGAGGAUACGAUUCCUUUGCAGGAAAGCAUAUGCUAUAUCAUUCAGGCCCGACUGGUACCAAACGUUCUCAUGAAGAUUCAUUCGGCUAUGACAAUCGCUCAAUGCAGAAUGGCAUGCGACCGGACACGGAGCCACACCCCAACGCUUACCGAGACUUCUCUGCCGAGAGUCGUGCAGCCUUGAUGGCCGACCUUGGCGUGGAAAUGGCAUACAAGCGAGCCAAUGGUAGAGUGGUCAUGAAAGCCCCUGCUACUCAAUAA